GAAUUGCUCUAGCAGUGGGCGUGUGUACGUUCGCUGCACUCAUGCUCAGUCCAUCAGCUGCUCAGCUCGCGCUCAUUAUCAUCGAUCAGCUCUCUUUUCACAGCAGUUCAGUCAGUGUACUGUUGAAGUAACUGAAUAUUGGUUUAAUUCGAGUCAGAGGGAGUGUUAGCCACGUUUAUAAAUCGAAUAAUGUAGGUAAUGUGUGGAUUAGUGCGUACUGGAGACACGAACCGUUUCAAACGAUUCAGUUCGAUUUGGUGAACUGGUUCGACCGGUUCACUAAGAAGAUCCGGUUAAAUAGAACGAUUCGUUCGCGAACCGGACAUCUCUUGCCAGCCGCUAUUAACAUAAAAGAAGUUACCGCUAGAGCCAUAACACAUCUUUAAAUCUUCUGAGAUCUGCUCCUCCAACCACACAGGUAUUUACCAACAGUUCAGCUCCUCCCACAACAGUUAAUGAAAGAGUUUAUGAAAGAAAGCUGAAAACAUGACUGAUCCAGAACCCUGCGGAAUAAAACAGGAAGAUACUGAAGAACAAAUAGACUUGAUAGAAGAGAACAAGGAGAUUGAAGAACUGAUUAAAGAAGGGGAGAACCAUAAUGUCAAAACUGAAGAAUCAUCCUGGAGAUGCUCAUUGACAAGAAGAGAGAAAACAUGGCCUGAGUGUGAAAAGAAAGCAGUUAAAAGCAGUAAAACAUUUUUUAGACCACAUUUCCUGAAGGACCGCCUGAAAGUUCAUACGAAGGAGAAGGCUUACAUAUGUUAUUUAUGUGGAAAGAGUUUUAGUCACAUGGCUGCUUUAAAGAUACACCAGAAAAGACACAGCGGUGUGAAGGAUCAUGUUUGCUCUAAGUGUGGGAAGACUUUUUUUACAUAUGCUGCAAUGAAAGUGCACCAGACAGUUCACACUACAGAAACACCUUACAAGUGUUCACACUGUGACAAAAGAUUCAAACGAUCAGAAUAUCUGAGAAUACAUGAGAGGAUCCACACUGGAGAGAAGCCAUAUACAUGUGAUCAAUGUGGGAAGAGCUUCAGACUAAAAGAAAUGCUUAAUCGACACAUGGAUAUCCACACUGGAGAGAAGCCGCACACAUGUGAUCAGUGUGGGAAGAGUUUCACACAAAAAGGAAACCUUAUCAAACACAUGAAAAGACACACUGGAGAGAAGCAACACACAUGUGAUCAGUGUGGGAAAACUUUUGUGCAUAAAGGAAACCUUAAAGACCACAUGAGAAUCCACACUGGAGAAAAUCUACACACAUGUGAUCAGUGUGGGAAAGCAUUUGUGUUUAAAGGAAACCUUAAAGACCACAUGAAUAUCCACACUGGGGAGAAGCCAUAUACAUGUGAUCAGUGUGGGAAGAGUUUCAGACAAAAAGGAGCCCUUAAUGUACACAUGAGGAUCCACACUGGAGAGAAACUGCACACAUGUGAUCAGUGUGGGAAGAGUUUCAGACUUAAGAAAACUCUUCAUGAACAUAUGAUGAUCCACACUGGAGAGAAGCCAUAUGCAUGUGAUCAGUGUGGGAAGAGUUUCAGACUUAAGAAAACUCUUCAUGAACAUAUGAUGAUCCACACUGGAGAGAAGCCAUAUGCAUGUGAUCAGUGUGGGAAGAGUUUCAGACUUAAGCAAACUCUUAAUGAACACAUGAUGAUCCACACUGGAGAGAAGCCGUACACAUGUAAUCAGUGUGGGAAGAGUUUCACACAAAAACAAGCCCUUGAUGUACACAUGAGGAUCCACACUGGAGAGAAGCCGUACACAUGUGAUCAGUGUGGAAAGAGUUUCUCACAAAAAGGAGCCCUUGAUUUACACAUGAGGAUCCACACUGGAGAGAAGCCGUACACAUGUGAUCAGUGUGGAAAGAGUUUCAGACUUAAGCAAACCCAUAACGAACACAUGAGGAUGCACACUGGAGAGAAGCCACACACAUGUGAUCAGUGCGGAAAGAGUUUCAGAAAAUAUGAUGUUUUUAAAAAACAUUUGCUUACUCAUUCUAGAGAGAGACUAGAAAACUGUGAAAAAAGCAGUAGAACAUUUCUAAAGGACCACCUGAAAGCUCAUACGAAGGAGAAGCCUUACAUAUGUUAUUUAUGUGGAAAGAGUUUUACUCAGAUGGUUGCAUUAAAGAUACACCAGAAAAGACAUAUCGGUGUGAAGGAUCAUGUUUGCUCUAAGUGUGGGAAGAGUUUUUUUACAUAUGGUGCGAUGAAAGUGCACCAGACAGUUCACACUACAGAAACACCUUACAAGUGCUCACACUGUGACAAGAGAUUCAAACGGUCAGACUAUUUGAGAAUACAUGAGAGGAUCCACACUGGAGAGAAGCCAUAUACAUGUGAUCAAUGUGGGAAGAGCUUCAGACUAAAAGAA